AUGGCAGAGAAAUUGUGGCUGCGAAAGGUGCAGGCCGGGUGUGGUGUGCAGGUGGUGGUGUCCGUUCGUCGGAGGCGCGAGAGUGUGACGCUUUGUAAUGCUGCCGAGGAGAAAUAUAGUAUCGGGCGUUUUAGUGCAGGGCGCCACACAAUGUCGAUUGGCGGAGGUCGAGGACGGAAGGCGAAUGCCGAGCUUGAUGUGCGCUGGGAACUGGGAAUAGCGCAGGAUGCUGCAGGGCUUGAUCUAGCGGCCAGGGUGUGGUGCGAUGCCGUGUAG